AUGCUGGAUAUUGGUAAAUACUCAAUGACUAUGCUGGUGAUUCUUUGGUUUGCGGCCGUCUGGCUGGCAUAUGUGGUAUUCGGCGCAAUAUAUCGACUGUUUUUUCACCCCUUAUCUCGGUUUCCUGGACCGAGGGUGGCGGCUUUAACUCGAUGGUAUGAGUUCUAUUACGAUGUGAUCCAGCCUGGACAGUUCAUAUGGAAAAUUGAGGGCUUGCACCAAGAAUAUGGACCAAUCGUACGAAUAACACCAGAUGAACUACACAUCAAGGACCCAGACUUCUACGAAGUGAUAUAUGCACCUGCUUCGAAGAAGCGAGACAAGUAUGCCAAUUGGACUAUCGGUGCUGGCGCACCAGCAUCGACGUUCGCGACCGUUUCACAUGAUCACCAUCGUCUCAGAAGAUCGGGCUUGAAUCCUUUCUUUUCAAAAAACGUUAUUUCCAACAAUGCUUCAGCGCUGAUUAGUGACAAGAUUGAGAGGCUAUGUCAAAGGUUUUCCGAGGCGUGUAAGUCUGGAGAAGUGGUGAGGCUAGACGCAGCUUAUAUGGCGCUCACGAUGGACAUCAUUACACAUUAUGGCUUUGGAGAGAGCUACAACUACCUUGCGGAGCCGGACUUCAAACUUGAAUGGAAAGAUACGGUCAUUGGUGGCUCUGCUAGCGGCGCAUUAAUCCGACAGUUUCCUUGGGCUUUGACAGUUAUGAAGUCUGUGCCUUUAGAGAUCAUGAGCAAGCUCGCUCCAGAGGCUUCAUUACUCAUGCGAUGGCAAAAGAUGGUACGCCGACAAGUCGACACCAUCAUUGGCAACAAUCACUUGGGCUCCAAGGCACCUGGUACAAUUUUCCAGGCUCUAUUGGACAGUGACUUGCCUCCAGAGGAGAAAAGUGCAGAUCGUCUUCAAGAUGAGGCACAGACUUUGGUCGGCGCUGGAAGCGAAACUACUGCAAAGACAUUGACAAUCGCCACCUUCUACCUGCUACAGAAUAAAUCUAUGCUAGAAAAGCUGCACGAGGAAUUGUCAAGGAUUAACCUGAAGUCACCUGAUUCGGCACAGAACGUUUUGUCUGAAGUCGAACGUCUCCCUUAUAUGAAUGCCAUCAUCAGUGAAGCGCUCCGCCUUAUGCAUGGAGUUACUACUCGAUUGCCUCGAGUUUCCCAUGAAGUCAUACAAUACAAAGAAUGGACUAUUCCUCCAGAGACGCCCGUCAGUCAAUGUAAUUUAUUCGUCCACAUGGAUCCGACUAUUUUCCCCGAACCCACUGAGUUCAGACCAGAGCGCUGGAUUGAAGCCAAGCAACACAAUACGCGCUUAGACCGAUACAUGGUCUCCUUCGGUAGAGGCAGUCGCCAAUGUGUAGGUAUUAACCUUGCAUAUGCAGAAUUGUUCUUAACUCUUGCUACUGUGUUAUCUCGCUUCGAUAUGAAGAUCUACGAAACCACCAUCGACGAUAUCCGUGUCGCCAGGGACUACUUUGUAGGCGUCCCUGAGCCUGGAUCGCAAGGAGUCAGGGUUAUUGUAAAUAAGACGUUGUGA